AAAAACAAAAUGCUCAUCACAAUUAGUGUUUCAUUAUUGUUGUUCAAAUUGUGAGCUGAGAAAAAAGAAACAAAAUUAAAGAAGUGAUGAAGCCAUCACACGCAGUCGCGAUUCUCGCAAUCCUCUCUCUCCUCGUCGCCCCAUCCUCAUCCAAGGUCUCGAUCUCGGUCGCCCCGACAUCCGUUCCCAAAUCGGGCGACCCGGUGACGAUCAAAUGGAGCGGCCUCGAUUCGCCGUCGCCUCUCGACUGGAUCGGAAUCUACACCCCGCCGAACUCCGCCCAUCGCCACUUCAUCGGCUACAUCUUCCUCUCCUCUUCGCCCGGUUGGGAAUCCGGGUCGGGCUCCGUCACGAUCCCUCUCGUCAACAUGCGAUCCGACUACCAGUUCCGGAUCUUCCACUGGUCUGAAUCCGAGAUCAACCCGGACAAGACGGACCACGACCACAACCCGCUCCCGAGGACCAAGCACCUCCUCGCGCAGUCCGACCCGGUGACGUUUGAGCCGGGUCGGGGCCCCGAGCAGGUCCACCUGGCGCUGACGGACGGGGAUGGGGAGAUGCGGGUCAUGUUCGUGACCCAUGAUGGGAAGGAGAGCUUUGUGAAAUACGGGUUAACCCGGGAUGGAUUGGACCGGGUUGUGGGUACGGAGGUGGCCCGGUAUGUGAGAGAGGAUAUGUGUGAUUCGCCUGCCAAUGACAGCGUUGGAUGGAGAGAUCCUGGGUUUAUUCAUGAUGGUGUCAUGCUUGGCUUGAAGGAUGGGAAGAGGUAUUUUUAUCAGGUGGGUAGUGAUUCUGGGGGCUGGAGCACAAUGUACACCUUCGUGUCUCCGGUUAAGGAUUCGAGUGAGACGACAGCUUUCUUGUUUGGAGACAUGGGGACUGCUACACCCUACUCAACUUAUGUGCGCAUACAGGAAGAAAGCAUUGCCACACUUAAGUGGAUAAGUCGAGAUCUUGAAGCUAUUGGCGACAAGCCUUCAUUGAUAUCACACAUUGGAGAUAUAAGCUACGCGAGAGGCUAUUCUUGGCUGUGGGAUAACUUCUUCUACCAGAUACAACCUGUGGCUUCCAGAGUUCCAUACAUGGUGUGCAUUGGCAAUCAUGAAUAUGAUUGGCUGUUGCAGCCUUGGAAGCCCGACUGGUCCAGUGCGGUCUAUGGCAAAGAUGGGGGUGGAGAGUGUGGGGUGCCUUACAGUCUCAGGUUCCACAUGCCGGGGAACUCCUCAGAGCCUACUGGAUCCAGAGCCCCUGCGACAAGGAAUCUUUAUUACUCAUUUGACAUGGGAGUAGUCCAUUUUGUUUAUUUCUCGACAGAGACUAAUUUCCUAGCUGGGAGCAAACAGUAUGAGUUCUUGAAGAAGGAUCUUGAAUCAGUGAACAGAACCAAGACACCUUAUGUUGUCGUCCAAGGGCAUAGGCCGAUGUACACUACAAGCUAUGAGACAAGAGACCGGCCGUUUAGGGAGAGGCUCCAAGAGCACUUGGAGCCUCUUCUUGUGAAGAACAAUGUUACACUAGCACUAUGGGGUCACGUGCAUAGAUACGAACGAUUUUGCCCUCUAAACAACUUCACUUGUGGAAGCUUGGGCAUCGAGGGAGAGAGAUGGGAGGCGUACCCGGUGCACUUGGUGAUUGGGAUGGCCGGGCAGGAUUGGCAGCCGAUUUGGCAGCCAAGGGCCGACCAUCUCACGGAUCCCAUCUUCCCCCAGCCCGUUAGGUCACUGUACCGUGGUGGUGAGUUUGGUUACGUGAGACUGGUCGCCAACAGGGAGAAGCUCACGCUUUCGUAUGUGGGGAACCAUGACGGGGAGGUGCACGAUGCCGUGGAGAUCAUGGCAUCGGGGCAGGUCUUGAAUGGUGUAGGGCGUGCUGCUAGCAGCAACGAAAGCAGUGUCGCUCCUCAUCAGGGGCUUGGUUCGAGAGUUUCAUGGUAUGUUGGAGUUGCGAGCGUGCUUGUCCUUGGAGCUUUUCUUGGGUAUGUUUUGGGUUUCGUUUCGCGUGCUCGAAGGGAAGGUGGUCCGAAGGCACAAUGGACUGCUGUGAAGAGUGAGGAGACAUGAGUGAGGAGCCUCUGCUAGUCAUAGUUACACUGCGUAGAUACUUUUUUUCUGGUUUUUAAGAGUGAUGCUUAUUUAUGCCCUGUUUUUAUUUCAUGUAAAUGCAGUUAUAGUUAUAAUUCUUGAAAUAAUGUUACUGCACUUUGUAAAUUCAUAUAUGUAAGCAAGUUUAUGCAGAAA